GACUCGUGGUAUGGUGGCAGAGGGCGCUCUGGAGGAGCGAGCAGCAGCAGCGACCCCCGUGGCGGGAAGGGCGCCCGUGGUGGCGGCAAAGGAGGAGCGCGCCGGCCGCGAUACGAAAGCUACGUGGGGCGCGAACACGAAGCUCCGGAUGGAACUCCGUUGGAUCGCCGCCGAGGGGGCGCCGUCACGAAGGUCGCCGUGCUGCUGGGCGCGUUUGAACGCGAUGGCUUGAGCGCAGACUUGCUCGACAUGGCAGAGCGCUUCCAAGACGCUUUAAGUGCGCGCACGACGCGGAUUGAGGAUGGGUCGUGGGCAGACAAGCUGCGGCGCUUAGUUAUAGCGAUCGAGAACCAGGACGAGGACAUGGUUCAGGAGCUGCUUUACGACUACACCCACAGGUGCAGUUUCCUGCAGAGCGCCCUGGCCAACAAGAAGUGGGAGGAUUGGCGGCGGCGGGGCUACGAGGAUUAG